GCGCAGAGAGAAAGAAGGAGCACUCAGGAAGAAGAGUCUUUAUCUCGCAGGGAAAAGCAGGAUGUCCUGAAACUAGCUUGAAAAAAGCAAUAAAACGGGAGAGAAGAAGUGAAAGUCUCUCAGAGGAGGAGCUGCUGUCCCAGGGCUGGCCCCUGCUUUGCAGCAGCUCCGUGCACAGGCGUGUGUGUGUUAGUGUGUAUGGGAGGACGUGAUGAGAGCACAGGGAGAGGCUGAGGCUCGGGGAGGAGCGAGCAGAAUCGGCCGAGGACUCUUGGGUCUCAGCGAAGUGCAGGCAGCCUACUGGAGCACAGGACCCGAUUAAACGGGGACACACUCGCUGGCUGAGUGUAUUUUUUUUUCCUCCAACAGGGCCACUUGGGGGGGGCAACUUUUUAUUAUUUUUUUUUACUUUUUAUUUGUAUAUCUUUUGAGCAGCUGCGUAAAGGACCAGCAUCACCAGCACCACCAGCACCAUGACUCGAUGGCUUAAAUGCACUUCCAUGUACUUUAACACAGACUGGAAUAAGUAUGAUGACAGGCUGAUGAAGGCUGUGGAAAAAGGAGAAGUGGAGAAGGUGUCCGCUGUGCUCAGUAAGAAAGGCAUCAUCCCCACUAAACUAGAUGUGGAGGGCCGCUCUGCUUUUCAUCUCGCUGCCACCAGAGGAUAUUUGGACUGCCUUAGCGUCAUUCUCGGCCAUGGUGUUGAUGUGACAGCCAAUGAUGCCACAGGAAAAAAUGCCUUGCACUUAGCAGCAAGAAAUGGACACUCUUUGUGUGUGCAGAAGCUUUUGCAGCAUAACUGCCCUGUUGGAAAUGUGGACCUGCAGGGAAAAACAGCCCUUCACGAUGCUGUCAUGGCUGGCUGCUCCUCCAGUGUUAAACUCCUGUGUGACAGUGGGGCUUCGGUCAAUGCUAGUGAUUUCGAUGGAAGAACUCCAUUAGUGCUGGCCACUCAGAUGUGUCAUCCCCGUAUCUGUCAGCUCCUGCUGGAGCGCGGAGCUGACAUCCGAGUGCGCGACAAGCAGAACAAAACCGCCUUGAUCCUGGGAUGUGAAUUUGCCUGUAAGGAAGCUGUAGAGGUUUUGCUGAGGAGUGGAGCUGAUGUCACUGUUGUGGACAGCUUGGGCCAUAACAGUUAUUACUAUGCCCAACUCAGCAAAAAUCCAGAACUCAUCAGCCUCAUCAGGAGCUAUUUGGAUAAAGUGAAAGCAAAAGAAGCUAGCAGGGUGGAACUGAAGAAGCGACAGCCGUCUGUGAAUGUUGCUCUUGAGGCAUCAUCUAACAGGGAACAGAUUAUUCAUGAUCUUGAGAAGCAGAAUGAGAGCCAACAGGAGACUCUUAGAAAGUAUCAUCAUGACCAGAGGACUCUAAUAGACAAAGUCAGUAUGCUGCAGCAGCAGCUUCAUCAGGAGAAGUCGAUGGUGGACGAUAUUCACAAAGAGAGGGAGCAUCUGAAGCGCAUGCUGUCUGCCAGAGAGAAAGACACUACAGCUUCUGACACUGUGAAGGUUCAGCUCCGGAGCCAUCUGGGAGAGUACUCGGGCCAAUCUGUGAUUAAAGGAAAAGAAACUGUUCUUGUCAGACAAGCUCAAAGUCUGGAUUCACCUGAGGUUUUGCAGCCUUCUGUUCCAUCUCGUUCUCUAUCUCGGCCCUUGGAACUCUCUCACCCAGUGAUCUCAACACCUAAUGAGGGGGAGGCAUUACGUCAGGAGCUACGGUCCACCCGUAAGCAGCAGGAGGCUACACAGGAAGAAGUAGGACGCCUCCAGGCAGCACUCACGCAAAAGACCAAGGAGUGUGAAGAACUGGUUCAGAGUCGUGACUCUGCCAAGCGCGAUGCAGAUCAACAGAUUCAGGAGCUGGAGGGGGCAUUGGGAGACGUCCAAAAGAGGAUGCUGGACUCUGAAUCAAAGGUCAAGCAGCUACAGGCGCACGUGAUCACAGUGAAGGAGCAUAUUGGCAACCAAAUGAUGGAUGAUCUCAAAGCUCAGCUCAAUGAGGUCAAGGUUAAAUAUGAAGGAGCAUCGGCAGAGGUCGGCCGGGUCAGGAAUCAUCUGAAGCAGAGCGAGAAGGCUCUGGAGGAGUAUAAAAAGAGUGAGGGUGUUUUGGCUGAGGAGGUCGACAAGCUGACAGCUGAGCUGAAUGCAGCGAGAGAAGAGGGUGAUGAGAUCGCCAAGACUCGUUUAGUAAUGGAGGGUCGUAUUAAAGAAAUGGAGAAACGUCUGUCCUCCAUGGUGCCUGGAGAGAAGUUUGACAACAUGAAAAACCUUUUGACUAAUGCCGUGGAUGAAAAGGAGAGGCAGCUGGUAGAACUGCGGGAGGAUUACGACCGUGUUUUGGAGGAGGUCGCUGAUCUUCACAGGGAGAUGGACCACCGUGACUCGAUCCCCUUUCAGGAGCAUGAGAGGCUCAAGGUGGCUCUGGAGGAACAGAAUGAUGUUCUAAAGAAAAAACUGGCAGAUGUCACUUCAAAAUGUCAGUCUCUGAUCUGUGAGGUUGAGGAAGGUGAAGACGAGCGGGAGCUGCUUCGAGAAGAGUUGCAUGAGCUAACAAAGAACCUCCAGACACAGUUUGUUCCCCUUGAGAUUCACAAGGAAUUUCAAAAGUCCCUAAAUCUUGCUAUUGAAGAGCUUAAGGACCAGCUUGAUGAGACAACCAAGAGGAGAAAUCAUGCUGAGGAGCAGUUGAAGAAGCUUCAGGAGGAGAAGGCCUCUCUGGCUGAAAAUAUGAACAGCCUGAAGAGCACUUACAUACCCAGCGAAAGGUACGAAAGUGAGAUGGCUGCACUUUCAGCCCAUAAAGCAGGGAUGGAAAAGGAUCUAGAGAAUCUCCAGCGGAAGUACAAAGAUAAAGAGAAGGAGCUUGAGGUUGUGGCAGCCGAGUACGUUGUUUUGAAAAAGAGUUUGGAGUCAGAGUUUGUUAAAAGAGAAUUGUAUGAGAAAGUGCAAAAAGAGUCGCAUGAAGCUUUGGAGAAAUCCAAGGCUGAAAUUCACAAAUUGGAGGAAGAUAGAAAAGUGAAGGAAGAUGAGGUUAAGAAGGUGAAAGAGGGAAGUGCUAUGUUAAAAGAUAAUCUGCAAGUGAAAUUAGAAAAGGACUAUAUCAGCAUUGUUGACCACGAGGCAAUAAAAAGGCAGCUAAACAAUGCUUUAGCUGAAGCAGAAAAAAGAGCUAAAGAUGCUGUCUCCAAAUAUGAGUCUGUUCAAGAAGGUACUUUAAAACUUCACAGAGAGAUUGAAGACCAGAAGAAGGAGCUAGACACUAUUCAUGAAGCCAUCCAAUGUAAAUUUGUGCCAGUUAGUGUACUGGAGGCAAAGGAAAAGGCAUUUAAUACCACUGUGAAGGAUCUACACGAGGAGCUAGCAGAAAUGGAGAAGAAAUACAAAAGUGCAAAGACUGAUGUGGAACAUGAGCGACAAAGCAAAGAGACUGUGAAAGUAGAGAUGGAGUCUGUGCAAAAGAAACUGGAGGCUGUCUCCGUCUCCAGUGAAAAAUACAGAGAAAUAGAAGAUAGCUAUAAAGGCCAGAUUGAGAACUUGAGUCUGAAGUUAGUGGAACUGGAACAGCAGUACAUGGAGGUAACUGUUCAGAGAGCUGAACUAGAGGAACAGAACUCACUCUGCAAUACCGAAAUAAAGAACCUCCAGCAGCGUCUAGAUAAUGAGUAUGUUCAUCUGGAGAAGUUUGAGGCCAUGCGGAACUCUCUGACCUGUAGUUUACAGGAGGCCCAGGCCGAGUGCAAGCGCCUCAGUGAGGUCUGCAAUUUGAAGGUCCAGCAUGUCCAUGAUCUGGAGAAAGAGCUGCAGAGCCACAGAUCUGAUUCUGACCUACUGGCUCAACACAGCCAGGACAGAGAGGCCCUGGAACAUGAAGUGGCCAAGCUUCGUUUGGCUUUGAGGGAAGAAGAGGAGACCAGUGCCCAGAGGGCUGAGGAUGUAGCCACCUUGCAGACAGAGCUACUCAGAGCAACACAUGCCUUGGAGGAUCUUCGCAGCCAUGAAGGUCAGUUGACCGAGCUCAAAGCUGAGAAGCAGAGGCUGGAGGAGGAGGUAGGUGAGCUCAGUGAUCGACUCUUAAGUCUAGAAGAGCAAUGCGAGGAGUUGUACCAAGAAGCAUCACAGGCCAAAGAAAGUGAGAAUAGAGCAAGGAUGGAGACGACGGCCCUGCAGACCAAGAGUGCUUCCAUUGAAAAAGAGAUCCAAGAUCUAAAAGAAAGAUAUGAUGACUCACUGAACACCAUUGGAAACCUCCAGAAAAGGAUUCAGACUUCCUCAGAACAGACCGAGGCUAAAGACAAAAGGAUCACAGAGCUGUUGGCAGAUGUGGAGAGGUUGAAGCAGGCUCUCAAUGGCCUGUCCCAGCUGGCUUACACUGGCAACACUCCCAACAAGAGACAUGCUCAACACAUUGACACACUCCAGGCGCAGGUCAAGAGCCUCCAGCAGCAGCUGGCUGAUGCUGAGAGACAACACAGAGAGGUGGUUUCAAUUUAUCGAACUCAUCUUCUCAGUGCUGCACAGGGUCACAUGGAUGAAGACGUUCAGGCAGCAUUGCUGCAGAUUAUCCGCAUGAGGCAGCAGUUUGUGUGUUGAACCCGGCCCAGAGACACUCUCUGACUCAAAUCCACUCAAUCCACUGAAGGUGUGCAGUUAGAAAACAGGAUUAGUCAAAAAGAAUCGGAGGAUAUUAGAUAUUUCUAAAAAAACAGAUUAGGAUACGCAUCGUAGGCCUCAGAAGUAGCUUUUGCAGUGUUUUUUUUGUUUUAAGAACUAUAGUACUUUACUUCUGCAUAAUAUUAUGAUGAAUCUGAGAUUUUAUUCAACUUUAGGGUUCUGACUCACGAGGGUGGUGCAAUUUUCGAAACUUUUGUCUUUUUACUUGGAAAGGUUCAUUAAGUGUACCAUUUAAUUAAACCUAAAAGCUAAUUAACGGCGCAACAUCCAGCUUUUCUAUUAUAAGUAAUUUUAAAGGUCUUAUCCAUUCACUUUAAUAUGUAGAAGGUACUACCAGUACAAAAGCUGUGGGGAAGAAGCCUUUACUACCUUUUUCCCUGAAAGUUUAACUUCAUGAUGGCUUUAAAUAUAGCGUUUAAGAAAUGUCUAGCAGGAAUAAUCAAGUUUGGUGUUAUAGGUUUGCAUUGGAGGUACAUUGGAAAGACCUAUGCAAAAAAACAUGCACAUUUUCCAGUGUCCCCUUAUCUGCAAUGCAUUGUGGGAUUUCCUAUUCUAUACUGGUAACCCAGUGGUUAAGGCUUUUGGGUAUUGAGCAGAAGGUCAGUGGUUCAAGUCUAGCUAUUGCCAAGCUGCCACUCUUGGGGCCCCUGAGCAAGGCCCUUAAGCCUCAGUGUUUGAGCUGUAUCUUGGCUAUGCUCUGACCUCAGCUCCUAAAAUCACUGGGAAUAUGCGAAGAAAUAGUUUGACUGUUCUAUAAUGUAUAUGUGACAAGUUAUAAAGCGCCUUUCUAUCUCUCUUUUUUCCUUUUUCAAUUUAUAAAACUCAAUAAUACAUACAGAAAGAGCUAAAAUUUUCAUAUAAAACACUUCAAGGAGCAGGUCUCCUAUCUUUUUUGUUUGGUUUUUUUUUUUUUUUUUGGUCAGGGACAAAAUUUAAGAUCCAAAUGAUUUGACACAUGCUCAAAAGCAGGCUCAAUUUCGAUUAGCCCUGAUCACGGGUAAAUCACUAAUGAUGUGGUAGCCAGCUGUGCUUUUACGGAUUCGAGUCAGUGAAUGUUCAAGGCUCUGGGUGAAACAAGACACAGCCUAGAUAACUGCCCCUGUUGCUUGGAAGAUGCUGCCCUCUUGUGGUGUGACUUGGCAGGCCAAGUUUUCUACAUGACUAGCUCUUUGUUAUUCGUUUCACUGUAUAGCUGCAGAUGUGAUGCAUUUGUGGUGAUUAUUAUUUUUCUUGAUGCUUCCGAAAUCUGAUAUUUUUUUAUCAGAGCUUUGUACUACUUUUGAUUAAUAGUCACCAUGUUUAUGGUAAUACUAUUCAGCAGGACUGGACUAGAAUAACACUAUACCUAUUCAAGGUAUUUUUUUCAUAUUAUGUCGCUUUUUCUCUCUUCUUCUGAAAUAAUACAGUGGAUUUAGAAGCCACUAGCUGACCUUAGAAGCCACUAGCUGACCAGACUUUAGCACUGACAUAAACAAAAUAUAACAACGGCACACGCUAACUGCGCUUUAAUGUGUUAAUUGUCUGUGCUGUUAAUUUAUUGCAUAAAAGGGCUACUGAUUUUUACUAACUUAUAUAUGAACUGAUGUGUUUAGUUCUGUGUAGACAAUGGCAAAUCUUACAAUAUGAGCCUAAUCAUUUAAAUUCUGCUAUUUUAUUUUUCAGUUUGCUUUCAUUUUAAUCCCAACAAUUAUAUAUCUUUUUCCUUUUUUUUUUCUUUUUGUUUUGUUUUAAACACCUAGUAAACUUCUACAUCAAUAAAAGUGCCUGCAUUAGA